ACGGAAGUAAUCAACCGGAAUGUCAACCGCGUACAAACAUCUCUACUCGUGUGUAACGUUUUUAAUUUUUAUAUUUGUGGUUAAUUUCUACAAAAAUCGUAUCGGUGUCAGUCGCGAACGGGAAGCGUCGUUUCGGGCGUCGUCGUCGAAGUUCAAGCGUACCGGAGCCCUCAACAGGCCGCUGCCUCUCGGUGAACCAGGGGAGGAUUUUUUCUUCGGCUUUCCCACGUUCGACGGUCCAUCGAAAUAUCCUAGCGGAGAUGAGGGCACCAUCGGUGUUUGGGACCGUUUGAAGCAAUACCCGGGCCGGUGUUUGGAUGUGGAGGUGUUUUUCAUACCACCCAGUACACCAGGUGGGAGGCCACGAAGUGGUCCGGAUCCAGAAGGUUUGCACUACAAAACGCUGCAAGCUGCCCGUAGAAAGGAUCAACUCGUACAUCCGGAAGAAACGAACUCCUCAGUGUACGUGUUUCUCUCGGUGCUGGUGAUUCUGCUGCUUGCGGCCGGGGUUGAUAUCGUCAAACACCUCACCGCAGUCCGAACACCCCAGGAACACACCCAGCGACGCCUUUCGCUGCAAAACUACCAGGCGUUGAUACGCGAAAAGCAAAAACAAUUCCGCAUGAUGAAGCAACACUACUCACAGCCCUCGAUGAGCAUCCAGCGGUCGAUGGAUGAACAGGCGUUCCCACCACAAUUCCCACGAGCCGCGGAGGAACCGCCCUCGAUGGGACUGCCGGCCCCACUGCUACGUAGGCAAUCCGUUCCAGCGCUGAUGCGAACACAACCGGGUCUGGGACAAGCUGGCCCCGCUCCAGCGGGUAUCGUGAUGGGAGGAAGAAAUGGCGGCCCCUCACCAUUUGGACGGCGCACGUCAGUGGAUUCCUUCUGGGACACGGACGCCCAUAUGACGAAGGCUUCGAUGCCCUCUGGUGGGCUUGGGAAUGGAUCGUCACCGGAGGUUAGACGACGCGUUCGGAUGUUGCACCGCCACUAGGAAACGGAUUGCAAUUGCCGAGCAUUGCCAUAUCAUGGGACGAAAAGUCCCAUCUAGUCAUGGUAAGGUUCAUGUAAGAAUACGAAAUUCGAUGUGAUCUCUUCUUGCAACUGAUAAGAAACAAAUACGGUAGAUAAACACUUAUACAUUUAGCAAGCAAACUCUUGCUCUUAGAAGAAGCACGUUUUUCACCGUAUUUAAACCGAUUUGGACAUUUUAAAAUUCCUCCACCACUAAAAUUGCCAGUACAAUCAUAUCUGUAUAGAAAGAUGUGUCUAUUUAAAUAUUUACAACGCAGUCAAACUGUUUCAAACUCUGUAGUUAAUAUAUGCAUUUUUAGGGACUUUUCGAAAAUACUAAACAAAAGAAAAGACGUGAAAUAAUGCAGAUUUUUUAACACACUUUUACACAGGGUUCAAGACGAUGUUGGAAGAAAUUUUUUGCACACGCUCUUCACUUGAUUUAUUACAAAUGAACUAUGAAGUAACUUGUGCUUAAGAAAAUUAUAUGACAAGAAGCUCGGAUAAGUGAAUUCAGUAGGCGAUGAAUUAUUUAGCCUGCUACGUCGUAGGACUGUUUCUUUUCGAUAGUGUUUUUUUUUCCUUAUAUUUUGCCUCCCUUCCCUUGGGAGGGUCGAUAGAAAUUCAAUCGAUAAACAUAUGUUUCUCAUUUCCCAAACUCCCAGGAAGAAGGAGAGUUCA